GAACCAGGUGCAACCCACCCACCGGUUUUAGUUCCAGAUUUGCAGGAGCCUACAACGCGCCAUGCUUCCCUAAAGACCAAGCCACCAAGAUCUGCUUGGCCAUUUCCCUCGCCGCCGCCGCCUUCCCGUACACGCGGCUCAAUUUUUCUUGCGAAAGGGGCAUUUGGUUUGGACGUAAGGUCCAGAAUUGGCUUCGUCAUUCAACUGCAUUUUCUAAACCAAACUCAUCUCCCUGCCGCCCGCCGCUUUAAUCAUCACUAUUAAUCUUCUUCUCCCUUACUUUGACUCAACCGCCGCCCUAAGCCCUCCCUCUCUCGCUCGCACAUAUACGUAUAUUACACAUCUAAGAAGAAGAAUAAGAAGCAAAAGGAGGAGAAGAAGAAGAAGAUAUGUUACUCUCAAGAGAACUAUCUCGGAUUUCCAGAGGCAAUUUCAAUAGAUUUAGAUGGCUAUUAUCCUUGCCCGUUGAGCAGCAGCAGCAUCACCGACAUCACUUGUUUUCCCCUACAAAUUCCUCUAUCUUCCCCGCCCCCUUUGACGCUUCCCAACAGGUUUUGGGUAGGAGAGCAAUUUAUUAUUGGGUGUCUAAUGCUGUGAAGAGUAUCGGUCAGCAGGUUCAUCACCAAAGCAGUGCUGUAGCCGAGGAGCAAUUGGAUCCAUUUUCACUUGUUGCUGAUGAAUUAUCACUUGUGGCAAACAAGCUGAGGGCAAUGGUAAUAGCAGAGGUGCCAAAGCUUGCUUCAGCUUCUGAGUAUUUCUUUAGAAUGGGGGUGGAAGGAAAGAGGCUUCGACCUACGGUUGUGUUGUUGAUGGCAACAGCAUUAAAUGUACCGGUACCAAGAUCACCAUCUGAGGUAGCUGUUGAUUUUUCAUCCAAAGAAGUACGCACAAGACAGCAGUGCAUAGCUGAGAUCACUGAGAUGAUCCAUGUUGCUAGUCUACUUCAUGAUGAUGUAUUGGAUGAUGCUGACACAAGGCGUGGGAUUGGUUCAUUGAACUUUGUAAUGGGAAAUAAGUUAGCUGUAUUGGCUGGAGACUUUCUGCUUUCCAGAGCUUGUGUAGCACUAGCCUCUUUGAAGAACACAGAGGUUGUGUCAUUGCUAGCAACAGUUGUCGAGCACCUUGUUACUGGGGAAACAAUGCAAAUGACAACUAGUUCUGAUCAACGUUGUAGCAUGGAGUAUUAUAUGCAGAAGACAUAUUAUAAGACUGCAUCACUGAUUUCAAAUAGUUGUAAAGCUAUUGCCCUUCUGGCUGGCCAAACUGCAGAAGUUUCUGUGAUGGCAUUUGAGUACGGAAAAAAUCUGGGACUGGCUUUUCAAUUAAUAGAUGAUGUUCUGGAUUUCACUGGCACCUCAGCUACUCUUGGGAAGGGAUCAUUAUCUGAUAUUCGUCAUGGAAUUGUAACUGCUCCAAUAUUGUUUGCAAUGGAGGAAUACCCUCAGCUGCGUGACGUUGUUGAUCAGGGAUUUGAUGACCCUAGGAACGUGGAUCUUGCACUGGAGUACCUUGGCAAGAGUCGUGGCAUACAACGAACGAGAGAGCUGGCAACAAAGCACGCCAACCUGGCAUCAGAUGCUAUCGAUUCUCUCCCAGAGAGCGAUGACGAAGAUGUUCAAAGGUCAAGACGUGCACUAGUAGAACUGACUCAAAGAGUCAUCACGAGAACGAAAUAGACAGGAAAAAUCAGGUUCAGGCACGACGCUUUUUAUUACUGUAUUGCGGAUUUUGUUUUGUUUCUCCUUUAGUGUUGCUGUAAUACAGGGGGGAAUUUUUUUUCCCUAAAUCAUUUGAUCAUUGUUUCUAACUGUUUCAAUUUUGGCAUACAAUAAUUAUUUUGAUGAAGAAAAUGCCCUGUGCUGUAAUGCCAACUUCAUGUAAAUCAUUACCAGAACUUCUAUAAGAAUUCACUAGAUGUUGCCCAGGAAAA